AUGGAGGGUCAUCGCCCAUCGCAACCGCAGACGGGGGCAAUUCUGCCCCCGUCCGCGUCUCGACAGGGCACCACCUACGGCUCGACGAGCAACACCGGAACUCCCCAGGCGCAGGUGGCUACGGCCCUUCUAACAGGUGGCGGUCGCGUGGCCAUGAUGGUGGACGGAUCAGGCCAGAAUCGUCCUCUGCAUCGCGCUGCGAGCCCGGAUUCGACGGCUAUGAAUUCAGCAACGCCCACCGCUGUCUACGAUACAAAAGAAGACGGUCUGCCAGCUUUUCUGGCUCACCUUCCACCGGGCACUCCACUUGGAAGUGGCGCCUCGCGCUGGUCUAAGCUUCGGACAACCGUCCAGAUCUCCGGAGCGAUGAGUGUCAAUCAGAAAAAAGCGCCCCUAAAACGUGAAGACUCCUUCCUGCAACGCUUCUCGACCAGGCACAUCGGCGAAGCACAGGAUGCUGACGGCAAUCCUGUUACGGAAGGAGAGCUGAUUCCGAAGCCCAGACUUUGGUCACGGUCUACGUGUCGCCAGCUGAUGUUCGGAGUCAUAAAUCCUGAUGAAAAUGCUAUGUUCUUAUGGCUUUGGCUGCUAACAGUAUGCGUGCUCUACAACGCCUGGGCUCUAAUUCUCAGACAGACUUUUACGGAGAUACAGCACCUGUCAGUGUUUAUGUGGAUUGCAUUCGACGGUUUCUCAGAUUUUGUCUACCUGCUCGACAUCGUCAUUCAGCUCCGAACAGGAUACUUGGAACAAGGGUUAAUGGUGUCCGAAGGAAGGAAAUUACGAGGCCACUACUUAAGAUCCAGGAGUUUCCUUCUCGAUCUGGUAUCGUUGACACCCCUGGACCUCCUACAGUUCAUCAUAGGGGUAACUCCCCUACUUAGAUUUCCUCGAUUCAUCAAGGUGUAUCGCUGCUACAGAUUCUACUAUAUGGUGGAAAGUCGAACGAUUUACCCAAACUUCUGGAGGGUAGCCAAUCUGAUUCAUAUUCUUCUUUUGCUAUCACACUGGUUCGGCUGUUUCCAUUAUAUGCUCUCCGAGUUUGAAAAUUUCCGAGGGGCCUGGGCGUACACCAACCCGUACAAGAGCGAUAACGCCGAAUGGCGAGCCAUCACGCGCAAAUACGUCGCUUCCGUUUACUGGUCAACCCUGACGCUAACGACUAUCGGUGGUGAUCACGUGACACCGAGCUCAAAUCUUCAAUAUGCUUUUACAAUACUCUCCUACCUUAUCGGAGUGUUUAUCUUCGCUACGAUUGUGGGCCAAGUUGGGAACGUCAUUACUAAUCGCAAUGCAUCACGACUCGAAUUCGAGCGUUUACUGGAUGGAGCCAAAUUGUACAUGCGUCAUCAUAAAGUGCCUCACCAGAUGCAGAGGCGAGUUCAACGAUGGUACGACUACUCCUGGUCGCGCGGCCGAAUGAGAGGAGGAGGAGACAUAAAUUCGGCAUUGGGCGGUCUUCCAGAUAAGUUAAAGACCGAACUUGCUCUUCAUGUAAAUCUCAAGACGCUCAAAAAGGUUUCGAUCUUCCAAGAGUGCCAACCGGAGUUUUUGCAUGACCUUGUUUUAAAGAUGCGUGCGUAUAUUUUCACGCCUGGAGACCUCAUCUGUCGGAAAGGGGAAGUGGCCCGAGAGAUGUUUAUCAUCGCAGACGGUAUUCUCGAGGUAAUAAGUGAGACGGGAAAAGUUUUAACCCAAAUGAAGCCGGGUGAUUUUUUCGGAGAAAUCGGUAUUCUCAACCUUGACGGUUUCAAUCGACGAACCGCCGAUGUACGAUCCGUGGGAUAUUCAGAGUUAUUUUCGCUGUCUCGGGAAGAUGUUCUCUCGGCAAUGAGGGACUAUCCGGAGGCCCAAGAGAUUCUGCGGGCUAUGGGCCGGAAGCGUUUGAUGGACGCUGGACUUUCUUCAACAAUAAAUUGUCCUAUGCAAGCCAAUACACCGUUGAAACAACAACCGCUGCAACUCGUACAACAGGAAGGAGAUGUGCAGUCCCAAGCCGCGGCAGCCGGGCCUAUGGUCCCCAGCGUGGGUCACGCACCAACUAUGGAACCCGAGGUCGGGGACACGGCAUCGCUUCCAGAAUCACAAAAAUCGCCGAAGUCGCCUACUCGAUCGCCAGUCGGGACUGCAUCGGGCGCACCAAGCACGCAGAAGUCAAUGAAUACGAUACGAAAAUUCAGGAAAGACCUCAAACAUCUGCUCCGAAGCGGAACGCUAGCUUCGAACGGAUCACGCUUCCAUGUAGGGCACCGUCAAACGUCGACAGGCGAGCCAGUGCUCCAAUCUAGUAAAGGACAAACUAUAGGCGGCAUCGAAGGCGACAUGGACGCAGAUGUCCAGGACAACCUUUCGUUCUCUUCGAUGGGACCAGGACGUUCCGUUUCUACGACGUUCGAAGUGCCGCCACCGCCGCUCAUCUCCGCCUCGGCGACUGGCGCCGCAGGAUCGGCGAUGGAUGCUGAAAUUCCUCUACUCCGCCGAGUUCUGAUGCUCAAAAGAGAGCAGGCAACGAGAGCGAAUGAAGAGCGCCUCCGACAGACGUCGUCUCGUCCGGAGAGCCUUCAGUUAUCCGAGUCGUCGCCUCGAGGACUUGCCCCUGGCUCUGGCAGCAGCAGCAGCAGAUUGGCGAAACUUUCUCCAAGAGUAGAGACCGACGAUGAGGUGUUUAUUUCGCCACUCAAGGCAACUUCUCCACGCACAGAGGCCCCCGAAGGAAAAUGGUCGUCCCCGCUCAAGGACGUGCCAAUCGUCGGCGGCAUUGACGAAGUCGCCGAAGGAACGCAUGUCGGCUCUACGGCUGCAGAAGCGACAGACGAAGUUCGACGGCAGCUAGAUGCGCUCGCGAGUCCAAAGAAACGGGCGUUGUGGCAGAACGCCACAUUCGACGGCUAUGCGGAGAGACGCGCUGUACUUACUCGAAUGUGCGCAAUUAAGCAGGGACUGAGUUCGCCGCCUGAAGAAGAUCAUGCGGGUGACGGCGGCGGCGGCUUGCUUGCCGCCGGCAACAUCACUCACAACAAUAGCAACAACAACGUCAGCAGCAGUAACAACAACAACGACAUUAACAGUGUCGCCGUCAGCAGCGGCAAUGUAUUUAACAACAACAACAAUAACAAUAAUAACAAUGCUCAAUCAAACAUCCUAUCGGAAGACGAUGCGCUGACUCGACAAUCGAAGACGGAAAUCGACGACGACGCUAGCCACUCGCAGCAGACGUUUAUUAUUACGGAUCAAGAAAAUGUCGAGCUGAUGGUCACUGCUGCCAUGAAACAGAUCAAGAUUGCCGUCACCGACUAUCUGAAGGAUACACACAUGGAACUCACAUCGCGAGUCGAAGCCCUCGAGCACGAGCUUGAGAUCAAGGACAACCUCAUCGUCGAACUGCAGGAUGAACUAAUUUUCAAAGAGAAAGAAUUCCGCCAUCAGAGACCAGGACCAAAUUUCAUAGAAGACAUCUGCUCUCUGAGUGAAACCUCGUUCGAAUCCGACGAUGAAGAUAACGCCUUCCUUCUCGCGGCAACGGGACAGAGGACAACUACGAGAUACGGUGGCGGACUUCAGGUGCCUUCGUCCGACGUUUUCGAUCCGUCGCCGCGGAACUCCUGGCCCAGGAGUGGUUUUGAGACGAGCACUUUUAGCGAACUGCACGCCAACAACGGCAUUCACAACCACGAGGAAAGUAGAGGCGAACUAAGUAACUUGGCGGCUGGGGACCGCAGUGCAUCCUGGCAUGACUACCCGACGUCGCAGACCUCGGCCACAGAGCACCCCGGCAUGGUGGUGGCUUCGAAAAUGGGACCUGAAGACCUAUGGAAACUUGAGUUCCCGCAGAUAUCGGACAACCUUGUGGAAACCUCUAGGAGAUCUAUUCCUUCGCAUGAUCGUCCAGCGUCCUUGGAGAAGAAAACGAACUCAGAAAAGCCGGCCAAACGCGGAUCGAAGCAGGAUGCCGCUCUUGCCAUGAAACAGGCGGCGCAGACAAACUCGAACAGCGCCGCCAGCUCUGAACACGCGCCUGCUCUGAAGACCGAGGACGUGCGCCAGGCCUCCUGCGACGAUUGGGAGGUGAAAAUGCUGGUGGAGCAAUUCGAUGAGAAGAUGAAACGCCGUUCCCUCGAAGGCCGUCGUCAUUCUUCCUGCGAUAUACAGUCGUGGGAGCGUCUUGUCCUGCAAGCUGACCCGUCGUCGAGUUAUCCGAACUUUGGCGGCCCUAGCCGAGAGUCUCGCGAUUCUAAAGAAAUCCGUCGUCGGUACGGACGAUCUUCCCGCGCGCUUUUUACCCGUGGACGGUUCCCUGAACUCGGAACGACCUCGAGACGAGCGGAGAUCCGGCGAGCAUCACUCGCCAGAUUCGCUUCAGUUGACGUUCCAACGCUACAAGCCAGUCUCGACGAUGAAGCCCCGCGCGGUCGGGCGUCACCCUUGAUAUUCGACGCUGAUCUAGAAUCGGGAAGCGAGCAUUGUUCUACGGAUUCCAUAAAAGAAAACCUUGAGGAGAAUGUGGAAAUGCACGAUAACAGAAGAGACGAUCAGCCGGGCGUAUCAUCGCAGGACGACGCCACAUGGUCUCCAACCGGUCAGGCCAUGGGUCUCCCAACCAUCAAGGAGGGGCUCCGACUGCAGGGCCAGAAAUCAGAGAUUUCGGAUGAAGACGAGGACGACUCCUCGUCUACGAAAACCACUCUGUUCAUCGAUAUAGAUGAGGGCUCUUCGGAACCGCUGAUUGCUAAAGGUGGGGACGAAUGCGAACUUCUCGGCCACUCGGCAAGUGAAUCGCCCGCGGAGCUCACCGGGAUUAUAUUCGUAUUGCAGAUGAACUUGCUUCUACCGCCCCGGGCGAACUUGCGAGAUCCGACGAAACUCUAA